GUAGUAAAGCAUCUAAAGCUGAUUCAGAUAUAGCAAAAGAUCUUAAAGCACAACUACUAUUAAUUAAAAAUAUAUGUAUUAUACUUAAAGCAAAUUUAUAUAUAGAAGCAAAAUUAAUUAAUGGUGUACUAGAAAUGGUCUAUAAUAUUCUAUUUGAAGAUAAUCAGAGCUCACCUUCUCUUUCUAUCAUUGUCUUUAUAGAAUUCGAUAAUUAUAAUAGUUCUGCUGUUGAAUUUACAAAAUAUAAAAAACUUGUCCCAAUUUACUCUAUUCAACAUACCUAA